CCGGUGAAGACGGUUAACGCCGCGGCUGACGGGCGGAAAAUGCGCAGCAUCAUCGCGGAGGAUUCUGAAUGGAGUCUCGCUGAAGUUCCUUUACUAACAACACUCUGUCUUCAACAUAUAGUGACACACUUUAAAGAAAACCCCAUUCUGGAUGAACUCAUUCCCCGCCAUAAAGCGUUUGUCCUACGCAGUCUGCCGCCGUCUCUUCCCCUGACUGUUACUGCAAACCUGAUCAGUGAUGAGGACUACUGGAAACGCUGUUAUCUGGGUCGCUGGGGUCUCGGUGAUGUCUCCACGUACGGCAACAGCUGGAAACGCAUGUUCUUUGAACGUUACCUAGAGAGCCUCAUUGAACUCUUUAUUCCAGAUGUAACCGACACCAAGACGGUCCUGAAUGUGGUGCCACUGUGUAGAAACUACCUGAAGCGCUUGAAUAUUUCUCAGCUGCUUCCACCCAUCAAAGAGCCACCCAGGUUUGAUGAGGGCUCUGAUUCUGCCAGUGAUGUGGGCAGUGAAGGACCCUCCAUGGAUCACUUUGAUUUCGGAAUUCUGCUCGACAAACUGACAAACCUGGAAGAGUUUCAUGUGGCAUAUGGAGUGAAGGGAUGCGGCAUGAACUUCGAGUGGAAUCUGUUCGAGUUCACCUUCAGAGACUGUGAAUCGCUGGCCAAAGCCUUGAAGUCCUGCAAGACCUUAAAGGUCUUUAAAAUCCAUCGCAGUAAAGUAGACAAUGACAAGUGUUGCAUACUCGUAAGACACCUGCUGGAUCACCCGUCACUGCUGGAACUCGACUUUUCACACAAUCACAUCACUGACCGCGGAGCCCAAGCAAUCAGCAAACUCCUGAACCACGGUCAGCUGAAGAGACUGACCGUCUACAACAAUCGCAUCAGAGGUGCAGGAGCUCAGGCGCUGGCACACGCUCUCGCCAGAAACUCCACGCUGAUGUUCCUCAACCUAAGACUCAACCUCAUCGGGGAUGAAGGGGGUCAGGCGCUGGCUCAGGCUCUGAUGAAGAACAACACCUUGGUGGACCUUCAUCUGGGUGGCAAUAAGAUGACAGAACCGGCAGCCAUGGCGCUGUCUCAAGCCCUGGUGGAGAACUCCACGCUGAAGACUCUAAACCUCUCCAACAACAGACUGGGAGUGGAUGGUGGGAAGUUUCUGGAGGAGGGCAUGUCUCACAACAGCAGUCUGGUGAAGUGUGACAUUCGGCUGACUGAUGUGGGUCAGGACAGUGAGUACAGCAUCACUCAGGCUCUACACGCCAAUCGAAACCAGGCUGGACGCAAACAUCAAACUUCCAAAGUCUGAGUCAUAUAUGAAUUAUAAGCCAUAAUGUGGAAAAACAGACGAAAUAAAUAAAACUAUCAAAAUAACUAAAAUAUGUCUAUUGAAAGCUACAGUAUAAAGGACUUUUCGAAAAUGUUUUGAUGUGUUACACUGAAAAUAUCUAUUAACCUCAAAUGAUGAAAUAAUUGAAAUAAUUGAUUAGGUGUUCUCUAUUAAGCAACUUCUGAUCAUGAAUUUAACUAGUUAGUGGUGUUUGUGUAUAGAGUGCAUGGCUCCCACCGAUAGAAAGAGAUUAAUUGGGCCUGGGUAGCUCAGCGAGUAUUGACGCUGACUAUCACACCUGGAGUCGUGAGUUUGAAUCCAGGGUGUGCUGAGUGACUCCAGCUAGGUCUCCUAAGCAACCAAAUUGGCCCGGUUGCUAGGGAGGGUAGAGU